AUGAACCUACUAAUAGAGAUUCGUCCAGACAUCCCCAUUGUUCUGUGCGGGAACAAAGUUGAUGCAAGGGAUCGGCAAGUGACAGCGAGAGAGAUUACGUUCCGGAGAAGGAACAAUAUGCAUUACUAUGAGAUAUCUGCAAAGAGCAACUACAAUCUUGAGAAGCCAUUCUUGUAUUUUGCGAGAAGACUUCUUGGAGAACCAAACCUUCACUUUGUGGAAUCACCAGCUCCUCUUCCACCACAAGUGCACAUUGACACUGCUGCUCAUGAUAAGAAUGAAGCUGAGCUCGCAGUGGCUGUAAGUCAGGCACUUCCCGAUGACGAUGAUGACGACGAGGAGAACGCCGCCUUUGAGUAA